AGGGCCUGAGCAGAAUGGCUGACUUAUAACCUUAAGACAAGUUUUAUGACUUAAGUCUUUGUCUUUAGGAACGCACAAUAACUGUCUUAUGUCUUAUGUCUCAAGCAGUCUCAAGGGGCCAGUGAGGUGUUUAUCAUUACGAAGAAUAUUACGUAUUUAAACAUAAAAGUUUGCUGUAAAUCCUGGCACGUUGUGCAAUUGACAAAGCUCGUCCCAGCACCUCGCCAGCAGCAAUUCGACGGGAUUGGCGAAGGAAUUUUCGAGGCCGACGCCGCCUGUCAUCAGGAACAUCAUCAAGAGCUGACUCUGCUUGUUCAGCAAGUUUAUAGUGGUUCACAGACAGCAGGAGCGAGAAAAGCAGCUUGUAAUUAGGGUGAGAGGCAUACAUUGACGUACAGGAAAUAAUCAAUUAAAAUAAUGGAUCAUCAAUAUUGUUUUGAUAUGCAAUAUGUAUGCAAUGAGGAUAUAUCAAAUGAAAAGAAGAGUGACAUUUUUAUAGAGGAAAAAGACGGUGAUUCUUUUCUAAUCAAAUUAUAUAGAGAACGUCCGUUUUUAUAUAAUAAAGGACACAAAGAUUUUAAAGACAAGCUAAUUAAAGAUAACGCUUCGAAUGAAAUUUCAAAAAUAAUGCAAGAUAAAAAUUAUGGUAACUUUUAUACACCCGAAUAUUGCCAAACUAGAUGUUUAUCUUUACGGAAUCAAUAUAAUCGGGAAAAACAAAUCUUAAAUAAUCAAUACAAGAGUGGAAAUGCUGCUUCGACUCAUAAACCUUUUACUUUUUAUUCCCAAUUGUCAUUUCUUGAUGAUUAUGUCCAAAAACGUAGGACGCGUUGCAAUAUAAAACCGAAUGAAGCUCCAAUAUCUUCUAUAUCAUCUUCCGAACUACCAAUAAAUGUUCCAAAGUAUAGACCAAACGAAACAUUUGACAGCAACGAAAAGUCUGGUGACUUUAUAUAUGAGAAAAAAGAUAAUCCUAAGGAAGAUAAAAUAAAUGAAAAUAUUAAAGAAAAUAUUCCACAAAUAAAACGUAAAUGUGCAAAUGCUGAAAAAGAUAUGAAUGUAUUAAAGAUACCUAUUCAAAAGAAAAGUAAAGUAAAUGAAACAAAAGAUCUUGAAAACAUAUUUUCUUCUGUUAGCCAAAAAAUCAUUAAUGUUUUAGACAAUAAUCAUGACGCUAAAGAAGACGAAGCAUUUGCACAAUUUAUUAUAGCUCAUUUGGCAAAUCUUCCACAAUCUGAGAAAAAUAUCAAAAAGAAGAGGAUAACUGAUGCUUUAUUUUCUCUUUUAUAAAAGUUAUAAUUUGUUUUAAUUUCCUUGUUUACUUUAUUAAUUAUUUACAUAUUUUAUACUUGUGGAAUAUUAUCUUUUAUUAUAUAAUGUUCAAGAAGGCUGUGUCAAACUGUAACGCUGGUACUUUCUCGGAGUCGGUUACGGGAUUCUAGGUUCAGGAUAGGAUGCUCGGAUGUGCUCGCCGUGUGUCCGGGUUCGUAUUCAAUGAUAACGCCGUGGUUUGGUAGUGAAAACGAAAGAGGUUAAAUAUAUUUGGCUAUGCUUUAGUACAAAAAUGAAAUGAUACAGAUCCGAUAGUGUUAUCGGGUAAUACUGAACUACUCGAAUAGUAUUGCGGCACUUAAUUGCGCGGUCGUCGGCCCGCGUGACAUCAAGAGGUCGGUCACAAUAUAUUCGCGGUACACUUAAUAUCUAAAACACUUAGGAGUACGCAUCUUAGGAACUCCGCGAUUAGUAGUACGGCACGGGAGUGCUUAAUUGCGCGGUCGUCGGCCCGCGUGAAACUAAGAGAACGGUCACAAUGUAUUCGCGGCGUACUUGCUAUUUAAACGGAGCGGAUUCCAGGAGCUCCGGAACGAACGGACAGGAAUUGUGCGCCCAAGCGCUCGGAAGUAAUGAUCGGAGGGCCGCGAAGCGGCUAACUUAUCGUACAGUUAAACGGGCCGUUAUUGGCCCGCGCGGCGGUCGGUCGCGAUACGCGGAAUCGGUAGUACUCGGUGCAGCGAACGGUUCCGCGAUACGCGAGUGCGGUCGACGGUAGAGACCUAAGCGGUCUCUCCCUGCGGAGUGUUGUCACCCCGUAGGGAACAGGUUUGCGGAAUGAGCCUUAGAACGGUGUCGGGCA